CAAGAGAAAACCUUUAAAGCGUUGGAUUUGGUCCUAGAGGGAAAUGACACUUCUUCUGUAACUACAAACGAGGUAAUACAGGGAAAGAUCAAACUGAUCGCUGAGAUUCUUGAAGAUCUUCUGCUUUCUAAUAUUGGCACGCAACCCAUCAUAAUUCAGCAAGAAGGCAUUGAAAUCCUAGCUCAAUCUUUUGACGGAGAUGAGGAACAGGUAACUAAAGAAUUUGGUCGAGCUCUUGCUGUUGACAUCCCAUUGGCUUCUAUAAUCUCAGAAAAUGUGUCUACCGCGAUUUCUGGAGUAUUUGCCGUGCUCUCAGGAGAAGUCUUCAACUUUACCAAUGCAUCUGUUGCUGGGAGAGAGGGCUUUGGAGAACUGAACUCAGAUAUUUUCGUCAUUUUGAUCUCUGGACUAACCACGACCCCCUUCAAGGAAAAUGUCACGUUGAAAUUGCCUUUGUUGAAGCCUCCUGAUGAAGACUACCAACCGACAUGUGCAUUCAUGAUAGAAAGUGAAGGACGUUUGGCAUGGUCAACCGAUGGCUGUACCAGGAAAGAUGGGGGUUAUGAUAAUGAGGAUAACGAGGAUGAUGACGUCAUUAUCUGCUCCUGUAACCACCUUACCAACUUCGCCAUCUUAAUGUUAACCGAUGACGUAAACUCAGCUAACCACGACAAACGCCUGUCGAUCAUCACAUACAUUGGGACCUCCAUCUCAAUCGUAUCUCUUAUCAUUGCAUUGAUUAUCCUUUUCUCUGUCAGGAUUUUAAGUACUCGAAUUUUCUUGAUCAAGAACCAAUGCAUCGCCAUCUUUAUAGCUCAAGUUCUCUUCAUCUCUGGAGUUGAGCAUGCGAGAAAUAUCAAGGUACUGUGCGGUCUUGUAGCAGGAUUCACCCACUAUGCGUUCCUGUCUGUGUUCUGUUGGAUGUUAGGUCAGGGUAUCUACAUUCUUCUGCAACUAGGAUAUCAGAUGCUCUCUAAAGUUCGAGUGGGAAAGUGGCACUAUGCCCUCUUUGGAUGGGGAAUUCCUGCAGUGAUUGUUGGACUGACAGCCGCUAUUAAGAGUGGAUUGUAUACAAAUGGAUCCUACUGUUGGUUGUCCACAGAGCAGGGAGGCGUCUGGGCAUCUAUCGGUCCUGUCAUCGCCAUUCUUGUGGUGAGCAUUAGUGCGUUCUUCUGUGCGAUGCGGUCGUUCUCAUCUGUAAAGGCUUUCAAGAAUAAAUCCGAGAUGAAUAAGCUAUGGUCCAGUCUGCGAGCCGUCGCGAUCUUGGCACCUACCAUUGGUCUGACAUGGCUUUUCGGAAUCUUUGUGAAUCUUCAUGUCAGUUUCCAGUAUAUAUUUGCCAUUCUCAACUCGCUUCAGGGUUUUUUUCUUCUCGUGUUUCAAGUUGCAGCAAAUGAAGAAAUCCGAACCAAACUCAAACUGCGAGUGCGUCGCGUAGUGGCAACAGACAUUGUGUUGACCAGUGAGAGACCAUCGGCCCCUGCACAGCCUGGCUGUUCUCGCACUGAAAAGGAUAAGCACCUGCCAAUGAGGGUGUUCGUCACGACAACUGCAACAACCGAAAUACAAAGUAAAACAAUUGGCGAAGUCGCCAACUUUAUGCCAUAAACAUUACAUGAAGUAUUUAGGUUGCUUUGGAAAGAUUGGAACCACACUUAAUUACAAAUGAUAUUUGGUAAAGAAUUAUACCGCCUUUGGCAGGUGACGAGUGGAGUGAAUUUUGCAUAGGAUCUCAUAGUUUCGGGAAUUGAGAAUUAUUAACAGAUUGAGUUUGACGGAAAUAAAGACUAGUAUGUACAGGAAACAUAUCAAUAAGAUUAGGAGGGAGGAAUCGAGUACCACAUUUGCAGCUUCGAAGUUCUAGUUUGUAGCUGCAUAAUAGCAUUCAUGUCUGAUAU